AUGACCGCCACGCCCCCUCUCUCCGCCGAGACGUCGGACUCGGCUCCUUCAAACAUUUUCACCUUUUCUUCUUCCGACUUACCGACCUCACAAGGCCGUGACCGGCUUGGCAGCUCGCCGCUUGACGGCCCUACCCUGCGGCGGAGGGCAGUUCCGUAUCUGUCUGCCGGGCUGGGCUCGCAUCUGCCAUAUUCACAUCCUCGGAGCCUUCAUAGUAUCCUCCGCAACUCUCCUCUCCCGCCCAGGACGGCCAUUCCACCCCCGUCGCCCAGAAGACAAUCCCUGCGCCUGCAAGAGAAGGCAGCCAAAAAGGUCGGAUACAACAGCCCCCUGACCCAGGAUAUUGUGACCAACAGAUAUACGAAAUCCCACAUUGAACUUCUCGGCGAUGAUGCUUCGCCUGGCUCACCCUACUCUCCGGCUGAGCCGAACAAGGACACGAACAUACCGCUAGCCUUCACAGUCAAUGAGAUUCAGGACGGCGGCCAAACACCAAGUCCGUUUGGGGGCGUGCGUCGCACCUUGGCUGCAGCGGGAACUGAAGCGCUUUCCUCGGCGGGACCCAACGGGAUCCGUAAACGCAAGAGGACGGAUAAGAGGCGCCAAUGGGUUUGGACCAUAGGCCAGGAUGACGAAGACGACGCCGCAGACGACGCCACCACUGCACGGCCAGCUGAAGUCGACGGGGCCUCGCUCGGUUGUGCUCAAGCGUAUGCAGUCGACAUCCCUGGGUUCAGAUAUCUGGAGACACCAACCCCCAGCGUAGAGAGCGCAAGCUCCGCCGCUGAAUCAGUCGACGUGAGCAUGUCGGAUGCAUGCAGUGUUGACUCAUCAGAAGAUGACCUUUCGGAGGUGGACGCUCCAAACGAGCCCGAGCUCGACCUCGAGACGCCCGUCGCGCCGAGUCAAUCAGGCAAUCGCACUGGCCGUCAGCGGGACCGUCAGCGGGAUACGCCCAUCCCAGAGCUAUGUGGGAAGCGAGACACGCCCGUGCCGCCGGAGCUGAUGUGA